AUGUAUCGAACUCGCGUGUGGUUGAAUGUGUUAAAAUCAAUUAGCAUACCCCCUGGGCUGCUGCUGUUGCUGUUGCAGCUUCUGCCGUGGUGCGUGGCCUUUGGGAAUCAAUCGUCGCCGUCUGUUUUCGGGCCCGAGAAGCUGAAGGCCUUCAAGAUCUUCGACGAUGAGCAGCCCAGCCAGAUCUCGGGGCGCAGCUUCCUCUGUGUGCCGCUGUUUCGGGUCUUCAGCCUGGAGCUGGGCCACAACAUUCGGCUGGCCCCCGACGAGUAUGUGGCUGUCACUGGCGAUCACCCUUCCCUGGGCUUCUGGCAGCUCGAGAAGGCCCUGCCGCUCAAGGCGCAGGAUAAAUCGCGAUCCAAGUGGUACCUCCGGGUGUGGAUCUGCGCCAGUCAGAGAUUCUACUACCGGUACGUGAUCUACUCGAAGAACGGCCAGGGCAAGCGGGUCUUGAGGAGCUGGGAGGGUCAGAGGGUGGCCAGAAUGCUGCAGACCUACGAGAUCUAUCGCUCCCCGGGCCUGGACAUUUUCGGAGAGGCCUAUCCCGCCUCCGUGGGCGGGGGCUUCUACCUGGAACGCGGUUGGUUGCAGUACGAGUAUGUCAUAGAGCUGAAGUUCGUCUGGCAGGACCACCUGGUUAUAUCUGGAAUGGCGACUACUGCCAAGUACCGCCUCAUUCUGACACCUCUGAAUGUGAUAGACGACACCCGCAUUGAGGUCUCCCGAUUUGCCUACAAUCAGUCGUCUUUUAGAGCCCAAAACCAACGGGGAGUGCGCUAUAGUCAAGGCUCCAUUGUCGUCUUCCGCAUUUAUCAGCCCUUGGACACCUACAAUGCCCUUCGCCUGUCCAUAUAUCAGGGAGCUAGGGAUCUCCAGUUGUCUGUGGGGGAGGCUUACAUAUUUCCGGAUCAGAUCAAGGGAAGUCGUGGCAUAUUACAGCUCCCCGUCUUUGCGAGUCUACAAAAUAUUGCCGUUGGGGAUUUGACUCUUCCCUACUUGGUGAUACAACCCAUGCCAAAAGUGGAGGCCGGAAACCUGAGGGCGAGUUUCCAUCACUACUGGCCGGAUAAUUGGCCCACUUUGGAUGUGGGAUAUCGUGGUUUGGGGGCCAGUUACUUCCAGUCUUCAACCAGCCUUACGGAAAACACCAUCGAGAGUUUUCUGGCCGUGCAGAAGGCCAAAGGAGACAUGGUCCAGUUGGAUGUGCAGCUGACCAAGGACUACGUUCCCAUUGUCUGGCAUGGUUUCGGAUUUUAUACCUCCGACAGAGAUGGACCUAUAAGAGAUCGAUUCGACUUGAGAUUCGUACUGAUCAGGGAACUAACCUACUCCGAGCUGAAGGCCAGUCGGGUGUUUAUCCUGAAACGUUGGACCCUCCAGGAGUAUACCCAUCUCAAUGUUAGGGAUGUGACUCAACAUCACAGAAUUUUCCCCAAACUCUCAGAGGUUUUCGAGGCCCUACCCAAAACAUUGGGUCUGUUGGUGGAGAUUAAGUGGCCUCAAAUAAUGGCUUCUGGUGUGCAGGAAUCCACCCAAAGCCUGAACAAAAACACCUAUGUGGAUAAGAUCUUACAGACCACAGUUCAUUAUGGGUGUGGACGUCCCCUAAUCUUCGCCAGUUUUGAUGCCGAUAUAUGCACUAUGAUCAGACUCAAGCAGCAUGUCUUCCCUGUGAUCCUGAUGAGUAUUGGGAGGUCGCACAUCUGGGAUGCGUAUAUGGAUCUGAGGGCCCAGAGUUUCCAGCAGGCCAUCAACUUUGCUCAGUCCGCAGAGAUUCUGGGAACCGCUCUGCAUGUGGAGAACUUCCACAACAAGCAUCAGUUGGUUAAUUCGGCCUUGGAUCUUGAACAAGUACUCUUCUUGUGGGGCAACGAUCUCCAGGACAUCCAUCUUCUGGAGCAGUUUCGAGCCUUGGAUGUAACUGGUCUUAUUUACGACCAGAUGGAUCGAGUUGGUCCCUCCGGCUGGAAGCGGUCCGCAUUUUUUCGGGCUCCUCAACUUAUGGAAGUAUUCGGAGCUCAGUGCGUGACCAGUGGAAAUUCAACAACCAUUCCGGGAAUAAAGCCAGCCAAGCCAACAAUAUGGCCCAAGUUGAGGUAGUAUUAGGGUAAGAAUUGAAAAAUGUAGUUUACAAGUUGUAGGAAGUGGAGUUAGAAUAAGAAAAUCACGAAGAUAAACUAGUUAAUAUUUUCAUUAUGAGGGUGUAUCUUUUAAUAUAUCCAAAUUUACUAGAAAUACAAGGCGAAUUUUAGGAAAAUAUAUACUGAACAAGCAUAGUUAUGUUAAAAGCCAAAUGGGGGUAAAACAGUCAAUAGUAAAAUAACCAAAUUUAGCAAUUAUGAAAUUUAAAAUAUAAAUAGCUAAAUGAAAAUAGAUACGAUUUUUAUUUAGUUUUCAAAAUCAUUAUUGUGUUAGUUAGGUUAAUAUCUUUUAAAUUUGUAGUUUACACUUAGAACAAUAUUUUACUGUUAGAAAAUCUGAACAAAAUACUUUUUUUAAAUAACAAAUUUAGUUUAUAAGAUGUAUAAUGGAAUGAGUAUUUCCCAAAAUGUAUGUCAUAAAGGAACAGCCGUUGCAUGUUGUCUAUGCUUACCCUUUUAUAAGUACCCUUCAACCAUAGUU